AUCGCACGUUCCGAUUGUAACUAUUUCAAGAUGGCUGCGCUGUUUGGAACUUCGACGAGUGGCCGUACUCAGAGUAAAAAUCUGGUUGAAUUUCGGGCCGGUAAAAUGUACAUGAAAGAAAAGAUGGUUCAUCCAGAUAAGAGGAAGGGUCAAGUAUAUGUGUAUCAAUCUGAUGAUUCUCUUAUGCACUUCUGUUGGAAAGAUCGUACAUCCGGCAAUGUGGAAGAUGACCUUAUCAUCUUCCCUGAUGACAUUGAGUUCAAGCAUGUCCCACAGUGCACUACUGGCCGUGUCUAUGUCCUCAAGUUCAAGUCGUCGACUCGCAAGAUGAUCUUCUGGAUGCAGGAGCCUAAGAGUGAUAAGGAUGAGGAACACUGCAAGAAGGUCAAUGAGUAUCUCAACAAUCCUCCCACCCCUGGAUCAUCCCGUGGAGCUGGAGGCAGUGGCUUGCCUUCAGAGCUCUCAGGCCUUGGUGAGCAGGACCUGCAAAGUAUUCUGGGAGGAAUGAGCCAGCAACAACUGAUGCAGCUCUUGGGUGGUGUUGGUGUUGGAGGCCCUGGCGGUGGCCUGCCAUCGUUGAUGGUGCGACCUGGUAGUGCUCAGUCAACUGUUUCAGAACCGCCAAUGCGAGCUCAGUCCUCCAGCGGAAGUCGAAGUACAGCAACAGCGGACAGUGUGAUGUCUCAGCCCCGCCCACUGACAGCAGCUGCCCUUCCUUCACAACCAGCUGGUAGUACUGCCACGCCCACCACACCCGCAUCAACUGGGAGUGGAAGUAGCAGCAGUGGCGGAAGCGGCAGCAGCAGCAGCACCACAGCGUCUGCAAGCACCAGUGGGGGUGCAGGAAGACCACAGAUACAGCUUAGUGAUCUACAAAAUAUACUCUCAACCAUGAACGUGCCAGCUUCACAAAAGGAAGGGCUAGACCUUGCCCAGGCACUCAGUCCCGAGGUUAUGAUCCCCCUGUUGGCCAACCCAGACAUCCAGAACAAGCUGGUGGAGUUUCUUCCAGAAGGAGAGUCCCUCCCCAAGACAGAGGCGGAACUUAAAAACACCAUUCAGUCACCCCAGUUCAGUCAGGCCCUGACUUCCUUCAGUGCGGCCCUGCAGUCUGGUCAGUUGGGUCCGCUGAUGACACAGUUUGGGCUUGGGGAGGAUGUAGCCAAUGCUGCAGCAGAGGGAGACCUGGAAGCGUUUGUGAAGGCCAUGCAAGAGGGGAUGAAGAAGAAGGAUAAGGAUGAUGACAAGGAUAAGGACAAGGGGGAGGAGAAGAUGGAGCAGUGAUGAAUCUUACCUAGCAAAACACAGUGCUACAUAUUUCAUGUUGACUCCCUGCUUGUCAAAAGCUGUUUCUAUUCUUUGACGUGAUUUUGUUGAUUUUCCACAUCAAGCUGAAAAUAAUUCAUAGCCAUGUUGUAGGGCAUGGUUAUAUGUAAAAUCAUCUGGUUUGGUUCUUAUGUCAGGUCAUUUCAAAACUUUAGUAUUUGCUGUACCAAACUGUAUGCAAUGGUCAUGAGCUGUCAAGCUAUAGGCCACUAACUGGGUUGUUUACAGGAUUCAUUUCAAAUAAAAUACAGGAUGAUGUGGUUUAGAGCCAAUAAAAUGUAUGAAUAUUUA